AUGUCACAUUCUCAAAACACCAACCCAUCACCAUCAUCACUCGAACGACCCUCAUUUGCAACCCUCACAGGCACAAUAACCACCAUCCGCAUCGGACCCAACCGCACAAAGUACACCGUCCACGAAGACCUCCUAUGCCAAUACAGCACCUACUUUCGCGCCCGUCUGCGCGGCAACUUCGCCGAGUCCGGCACUCGAGCUGUCCAGCUCGAACACAUCACACCAGAAGUCUUCGAGGCCUUCCUCGACUUCCUGUACUAUGGCCGCCUCCCUACUCCCCCUGAGAUCUGGUUCACCGAGACCGAUGUCGUGUCCACUCAACCCUUCGACCGCCUCUCCAUAGCCUCAAAGGAUACUAGCGAUGUAGCAGACCCACAAGUCUCUCUCUUCGAAAUCCUCCUCAUCGACCUGUACGCUUUCGCCGACUACUACGACAUCCCCGCCCUGCGCAUGGCUCUCAUCAAAUCCAUCCAUACGAGCGCGUCGGCCUCGUCCUGGAUUCCGUGGUUUUCGACAGUGAGGCAUGCGUAUGAUAUCUUGCCGUCGAAUAGUCCGUUGUGUAGGCUGCUUGUGGAGAUGUAUGCGAUGAAGUAUGUGCUUGAGGGCGAUGAUGAGGGCGAGAGGAUGGCGGCAGUGGGUGUGCCGGUGGAGUUUUGGGUAGCGGUUGUGAGAAGGCUGGUUGGGGAGAGGGGGAGGGGGAAGGAGGAGAAGGAGGAUGGGGAGGGGGCCUGGAUGAGGGGUGUGGAGGAGUUUGAUGAGUUGUGA